AAAAAGUUCAUACUCCUACAAAGAUCUGUUAAAUCGAAGACGUGCUACAAUUUGCGAGGCAAAGGGUCGCGGUGUGCAGAAUGUGAGCUAACUGCCAGCCUGCCAGGAUACAAAUGGCGUGGCAAAGGGUCUUAAUUUAUCUAGGCAGCACAUGACACUUUCUAGUACACAAGAAAUUCAGAAAGCAUUGCAUACGGAAGCUAGCUUUCUUUAAUCCUUCUUUGCAUCGUCAGUAUUCAGUUUGACAUUGGAGCAUUCGAGUGCAUCCAGAUCUCAGCCGAUUCCGUCCUCAUCAAACAGGCGGGGCAUGGCGUCCGAGGCAGCCAGCGUCGCCGUGGUCUCGGCCGCCGUGGCCGCGGCCAUGGUUUAUGCGCGCCUCGCCGCCUCGCGUUCGCACCCCGGCCUCCCCCGCCUCGCCGCGCUCCUCCCGGUGCUCCUCCUCCUCCCCGUCCUCCCCUUCACGUUCUCCUCCAUCCACCUCCGCACCAUCUCCGCCUUCUUCCUCGUCUGGCUCUGCGGCUUCAAGCUCCUCCUCCUCGCCGCCGGCCAGGGCCCUCUCCACCCGGCGCUCCCGGUCGUCCGCUUCGUCGCCUGCGCGGCGCUUCCCAUCAAGGUAGUAGUAGAAGUCCAGGACAGAGCAGCAGCGCAUCAGCCGUCCCGGCGGUCUCUCCCUCCCGCGUUCUUGCUCUCCUACGCGGCCAAGGCGGCUCUGUUCGCGGCGCUCGUCUCGCUCCGGGGCAUCCGGGCUCGGAUGCCCGCGUACGGCGUGGUCGCGUUCGACGGUGUGCACGUCUACCUCUUGCUCGAGCUGUUCAUGGCGUCCGCCGCGUUCUUCGCCCGGGCCCUGCUCGGGGCCGACCUGGAGCCACAGUUCGACCGGCCGUACCUGGCCUCCUCCCUCCGCGAUUUCUGGGGCCGCCGGUGGAACCUCAUGGUGCCCGGCGCGCUCCGCCCCACCGUGUACCGCCCCGUGCGCAGCCGCCUCGGCGUGCCGGCCGGCAUGCUCGCCACGUUCGUGGUGUCGGGGCUCAUGCACGAGGUCAUGUUCUACUACAUCACGCUCCGGGCCGGCACCGGGGAGGUGACCGCGUUCUUCGUGCUCCACGGCGUGUGCGUGGUCGCGGAGCGGUGGUGGGCGAUCCGGAGCCGGAGCGGGCUGUGGAGCCCGCCGCGGCCCGUGGCGACGGCGCUCACGCUGGCGUUCGUCGCGGGCACCGCGUCCUGGCUCUUCUUCGCGCCCGUCAUACGCGGCGGGCUGGACAAGGCCAUCGUCGCCGAGUGCGAGGGGAUGCUGGCAUUUUUGGAGGCGGCUGCGCGUGCUCUGGCUGACGCGGCGGCACGUUUGGUCUGGUCAUGAUUCCGGUUGGCAUUCGCGGUGUGUAUGUCAUGUAAUUGUAGUUCCGUGGUUUGCCCAUGGCGAUUCCGGUUGAAUUUGAUUUCAGGGGAACAAUAAGGUCUUCAGCGUAUUUCCCCAGAACAGAAUCUGGUAUCACCGCGCUAUGCGUGGGCACUGGAUCAUGGGAUUGUCGUGUCACGAAGGUGUAGUGUACACGCUGCAUACAAGAGCAUCAGACAACUGAAACUGGAAGAGCACAUUUUCCGUGAUGUCAAA